UUUGCUUUUAACCUUCGCGGCAAAAGAUGUUGGAAACUUCAAUAAUCGUGUUUCGAGGCUGUUUUGGUUUUGCCUUACUCCUAAUAGUUCUAAAUCCACCACAAACUCGGUCCGUUACGAUUACAACCAAACCGCGCAAUCCAACAGACGUUGUGGAAGGAUCGAACAGUGGAAGAGUUCUACUUGUUUGGAAAUUCACUCUUGAUUCUAGCGAAAAUUUGCAGAAAAUUACCAUCGGAAGAAGGAGACCCGAUGGAAAUCAAGUAACAACAAUAGCUACGAGACCGGACGCUAAUUCCUCUCUCAGUGUAGAUGGUAAAUUUAGAGUAUUCUACAAUGCAAAAUCUCCGGCAACCCUAGUCUUAAAAAACGUGAGAAGAACAGAUGAUUACGUAUACUGUCUUGAGAUAUUUUAUUCUGAUGGUAUUGGCAACGGUCGGACGAAAACAGACGUUCGUGUUCGCGUGUUUGCCCCUCCAAGUAUUACCAACGCGCCUAUCGAGAGGGUACAUGUAGAGGCUGGAAAAGAUUUAACGCUAACAUGUAAUGCCUCCGGUGAUCCCCAACCGAAUAUCACCUGGACCAAAGAUGGCGUCCCAAUGAGCUUCUCUAGUGACGCCUUUCAUCAGUUUCGUCUUACUGACGUACAGAGCGAGGAUUCAGGAUCGUACAAAUGUACAGCCAGUAACGGAUACGGCAGUGAUGCAACAAGUGUUAGCAGAGUCGACGUAAAACUACCGCCGAGAAUAAUCCUUCCUUCAGUUAGAGAGGCAGAGAUCAAAAUUGGAGAUGAUUUCGUCUUGGUAUGCUACGCAUCUGGUGACCCAACACCCAACAUCACUUGGACUAGAGAGGGUUUCUCAGCGAUUGAAUCUAUUGGUACCGGCAACUUUCUGCGACUUGUUAAUGUGAGCAGAAUGAGUGCAGGAUUAUACAGGUGUACAGCUGGUAAUGGAUAUGGAAACAAUGCUACCAGUCUCACCAUAGUCAGCAUUAUAUGUGGUGAAAAAUGUGAGCCUCGCAAAGUUGGACUAACGCUCACAAAUGAAACGUGGACGCAGUCUUUAUUAAACCGGGAUUCUAUUGAGUUCAAGACCUUGGAAUAUAACAUUUUGUCCGCAAUCUGGAAUGUUUACGCGCAACAGUCUAGAAAGGAGCUUUACAAGGUGACAGUUGUGGAAUUUAGGCCUGGUAGUGUCGUUGCCAUUGUUAGGCUUAUGUUUGGAAAAGGGGCGAUUGAUCCUUUGAAACCAAUCCAAGAUGAAAUUUCGGAUGGAAAAUUGUCUUCUCUCAAAGUCAAUGCUGUAUUGGAUGUGAAUCCAAAGGAUCCAGCUACAACAACAAAAAAUCAGACGGAAACUUCGAAAGCAGGUCCUUCGACUGAAAAUGCGAGUUGCCGUUAUCAUCGCAAAAAUGCUACGGAUAAUCAGGUAAAUAUGGAGAAUUUUCGAUGGAAAGAGAUGAAGUGCCUUGUUGUUAUCAGACUUCAUGAUCACUUGUCAGGUGUUUCGUUACAGUCACCGUUGCAUUUGGUUUUCGUCAUUUUUUUCACUUCGCUUUUAGGAUCAAGGGAACCCAGUUCAAGCCAGUGA